AUGCCCGACAUGAAGUACAUAUUGGUGACUGGAGGCGUGAUAAGUGGCGUAGGGAAAGGUGUCAUCGCAAGUUCCUUUGGCACGAUUUUGAAAAGCUGUGGUAUUGAUGUGACUUCUAUAAAAAUCGACCCUUACAUCAAUAUAGACGCUGGAACGUUUUCUCCUUACGAACAUGGUGAAGUUUAUGUUCUGGAUGACGGCGGGGAGGUCGACCUUGAUCUUGGCAACUAUGAGCGUUUCCUGGACAUCACGCUGCACCGCGACAAUAAUAUCACGACAGGCAAGAUUUAUCAACAGGUUAUAGAGCGGGAGAGGAAAGGCGAUUAUCUCGGCAAGACUGUGCAGGUGAUUCCACAUAUAACCGACGCAAUUCAAGAAUGGGUAGAAAGAGUAGCACAAAUCCCGGUGACUCCAGAGAAAACACCACCUAAAGUAUGCAUAGUAGAACUUGGUGGGACGAUUGGAGAUAUCGAAAGCAUGUCGUUUGUUGAGGCGUUUCGACAAUUUCAAUUCCGAGUGAAGAGAGAGAACUUUUGUGUUGCUCAUGUAUCACUGGUACCGAUGCCAAAAUCAACGGGAGAGGCAAAGACAAAGCCGACACAAUCAUCGGUGCGCGAACUGCGAGGCUUGGGGCUGUCUCCCGAUUUAAUAUUGUGUCGGUCAGAGAAGCCUAUUGAUCACACAGUGAAGGAAAAAAUUUCAAAUUUCUGUCACGUAGGACCCGAGCAGGUAAUGUGUGUGCACGACCUUGGCUCGGUGUACCACGUACCUUUGUUAAUGGAAUCGCAAGGCAUCGUGCAGUACUUGAACGAGCGGUUACAGCUCAAUGUGAGCAUGCCAAGGCCUGGACGGUUCAUGCAAAAAUGGCGCAACCUAGCGAAGCGUGUAGACAAUUUGCGUAAAGAAGUGAACAUAGCACUAGUGGGAAAGUACACCAAACUAGAAGACAGUUACGCGAGCGUCACGAAAGCCUUGCAGCAUGCCAGCAUCGCCGCCGGAAGCAAAUUGAACCUGACGUACAUUGAAGCGGAAAACUUAGAGAAACAAACCAAAAUCAACAACCCUGUUAGUUAUCACAGAGCGUGGCAGGAUCUUUGUAAGAGCAAUGGCGUGAUCAUCCCCGGAGGGUUCGGCUACCGGGGGAUGGAGGGCAAGAUAGAAGCGUGCCAGUGGUGCCGCGAGACGCAGAAGCCAAUGCUCGGCAUCUGCUUGGGGCUGCAGGCGGUGGUGGUCGAGUACGCGCGCAACGUACUUGGGCUGAAGGGCGCCAACACCACAGAGGUGGACCCGCACUGCGAGGACCGGCUGGUCAUCGACAUGCCGGAGCACCACCCCGGCCAGCUGGGCGGCACCAUGCGCUUGGGCAAGAGGAAGACUCUCUUGGAACCUAGUAUAAUAACGCAAUUAUACAAGAAAGAUGAAAUUGAAGAGCGACACAGACAUCGGUACGAGGUGAACCCGGACUACAUCGAGCGCCUCGAGGCAGCAGGGCUCCGCUUCGUUGGCAAAGACGAGACCGGAAAACGUAUGGAAGUGGCUAUAGUGGACAAUCACCCUUACUACGUCUCCGUACAGUUCCACCCGGAAUACUUGUCACGACCCCUAUCACCAAGUCCACCAUUCUUAGGUCUUAUUUUAGCGUCUCUGGGCAAAUUGAAGAGUUACAUGUCCAAGGGCUGCAGGCUCAGUCCCAGGAAUCAAUCCGAUGUAAGCUCGGAUGAAGAUGAUAUAUCAGUGUCAUCUCUUAGUUUAGCUGAAGAAAAAUCGGUUAUUGAAAACGGAAAUGGCGAGAAACCAGUUAACGGUGUUAAGUGAAUUGUAGAUUUUAAAAUUCAUCUUUAAUUUUAAGUAGAACACGGAUGUCAAUUCUGAUGCGAUUAUUUUUAAAAUUUUAUAUUAAGUUUCAAAAUGGUGUUGUCUCUUACAUAUUUGUUUUAAAGUUAGAUGGAGAGAAUGGACUAUGAAUGGGAAUGUAUUAUUGAAAAAUGUACAGGUCAAGGUCGACCUCUCCCGACACUCAUAAACAACGCGAAUGUCUGAAAGUGUUAGGAAAGGUCGACCUCGACAUGCGUAUAUCAUUCAACUAGAUUGCUGUUCUCAAAUUUCAUGUACUAGGAUAGAUGAUGGUUUAGCAUGAUGGUAACUAGACAAAACUCGCAUAGAGAAACCUUUCUCACGAACUAUGGCGCUACUCAAAAGUUUUUUCUUUUGAGAAUUACAUAACGGUCUUACCAAACGGGUAAAGGGCGGCUGUAUUAGCUGGGGCUAUUCAUUUCCAUCGUUUAUUUAUUCGUUUUUCGGUUUUU